UCGCUCCUCAUACGUGGACGCGAUUGCUUGCGCUCCACACCUAUUCACCGGCGACUCUUAAGCACCAUGGAUGAACGCUACGUCACCAGCAUCAACUUGAGUGUGCGGUCGGGGCAGACGGCGAAUUUCCGCCAGGUCAGGACCGAAGUGCGGGAAUGGAGCCUGCAGAACGGACACAGUCUGCGAGAGGAACAGCGGCCGCUGCUUUCGUACGGAGGGUCCCCUAGGACAGCACGCAGUGUGCUCACCGUGCAGCCCGCGCCUCCGGCUAAGGAGAGCCGCCUCUCGCGCCUGCAGUACCAGCACUCUCUUCACCUGCCGCAGGACCGCAUCUACAAGCUUGGUGAACCAGGUUCUGGUUUGCGCCCAAGGGGAAAAAUUCAAGAUUUCUACCAACUUCGGGCAGAAUGUCUUGAAAAAGGAAAAUUAUUUGAAGAUCCACAAUUCCCUGCAGAGGAUUCAUCCAUAUUUUUCAGCAAAAAGCCAAAAUGGCCCAUACAGUGGAUGCGACCAAAGGAAAUAGUGUCACUACCAAGAUUGUUUGUGGAAGGAGCAUCUCGAUUUGACGUGAAACAAGGGGAAUUAGGUGAUUGUUGGUUUCUGGCAGCUGUGGCUAAUCUUACACUCAAUGAUCACUUGUUCUCACGAGUCAUACCACAUGACCAAAACUUUCACGAUAAGUAUGCUGGUAUAUUUCAUUUCCGAUUCUGGCAAUAUGGACGUUGGAUAGAUGUUGUAAUUGAUGACAGAUUACCGACACACAAUGGGAAACUUGUGUUUCUUCAUUCAGCAACAUAUAAUGAAUUUUGGAGUUCUCUACUUGAAAAAGCUUAUGCCAAGUUAUAUGGUUCAUAUGAAGCUCUUAGCAGUGGUGUUACAUCUGAAGCAAUGGAAGAUUUUACAGGUGGUGUCACUGAAAUGUUUGAACUGAAAGAUGCUCCUCCUAAUUUGUACAAAAUUCUUAUAAAAGCAUAUGAACGUGGUGCCUUAAUGGGAUGUUCUAUAGAGGCAGACCCUGAAGUCCUUGAAGCCAGAACCCCAGAAGGAUUAAUCAGGGGCCACGCAUACAGUAUAACAAAUGUUAAGUAUGUGACUAUUGCCACACCUCGUAAAACUGGAGUAAUUCCACUUAUUCGUGUGAGAAAUCCUUGGGGUGAUGCAUCUGAAUGGAAUGGAGCUUGGAGUGAUAAGUCUCCAGAAUGGAAAUUCAUUUCAGAUAGUGAGAAGGAAAACAUUGACUUAACUUUCAAAGCUGAUGGAGAAUUCUGGAUGUCCUAUAAUGACUUCAAGAAAUAUUUUACUCGAAUUGAGAUCUGUAAUUUGAGUCCUGAUGCACUACAAGAAGAACAUACCAAAGGAAGUGGAAGGAAAUAUGAAAUGAGCAUAUUUGAAGGUGAAUGGGUACGAGAAGUCACAGCAGGUGGCUGCAGAAAUUACAUAGAUACCUUCUCACAUAAUCCACAAUACCGUAUAACACUGGAAGAUCCAGAUGAAGAUGAUGAUGAUGACAAAUGUACAGUAAUAAUUGCAUUAAUGCAAAAAAAUCGUAGAUUACAGAAGAAAAGUGGAGCUAAUUUUCUAUCUAUAGGUUUUGCAGUGUACCAUCUUCCAAAUCCAGAUAGUUUACCAAAACCUCUGGACACAGCUUUUUUCAAAAGAUAUAAAUCAGCAGCAAUGACACCACAAUUCAUCAAUCUACGGGAAGUUACUUUACGCUUGAAAUUACCACCUGGUGUUUAUUGCAUAGUACCAUCAACAUUUGAACCAAAUGAGGAAGGAGAAUUUAUCAUCAGAGUAUUUUCAGAAAACAAAAUUAACAUGCAAGAACAUGAUGAAGAGGUGGAUACAAAUGAGGUUCCUGAAGAUGUAACUUCGCAGAUGGAAAAGGAAGAUCAAAAACAAGAAGAUAAAAUAAGACAGUUCUUCAGCAAAAUUGCUGGUGAUGACAUGGAAGUGGACUGGAAAGAUCUCAAGCAGUUAUUGGAUUAUGCAAUGGCAAAUGAUAAAAAUGGUUUUUCCAAAGAGAUCUGUCGAAGUAUGGUUGCCAUGAAAGAUACAGAUAAAUCUGGAAGGCUUGGUUAUGAAGAAUUCAUAUCACUGUGGAAAGACAUUAGGCUCUGGAGACAUGUGUUUAAAACUCAUGACAGACUGGGCAAUGGAACACUGAGCACAUUUGGGCUGCGUGAGGCAUUGAAUGCUGCAGGUUAUAAGUUAAAUAGCCACAUACUUAAUGUGCUCAUGCAUCGAUAUGGCACAAAAGAUGGAAAAAUUGCAUUUGAUGACUUCAUGCUAUGUGCUGUUAAGCUGAAGAUAAUGAUUGAUAUUUUUCAUAAAAGAGAUCCAGAAGGUACACGCAAUGCAAGUUUCAGCAUUGAUGAAUGGAUUGAGACCACACUCUAUUCUUGAAGAUUAUCGUCCACUGGUUAUGCCGCCUGUACUUCCAGCAUGCUAUGUGGAACAAAAGACUGCAGUGGAAGAGCAUGAAAGGCAAACUGAGAAACUGGACAGAGAUAGAAUAAACUUAUCAUAUAAUUUCUUUCCAUCUGGUUCUUGAGUACAAAAGAACACAAUCGUACAUACAAAAUAAGACUGUACAUACUUAACGUGACCGUAUAAUUCUUUUAAAUGUAUAUUUUUGUAUUUAAUAUGUGUAAAUAUUGCAAUUGUUCUACAAUACAAAUUCAAAUCUUUUUUC